CCACUCUCUUGUAAGCGAGUGAACAUAAUUACCAAGUGCACAUAUAGAUAUAUGGGCAUGAUGAGAAUGAGUGGACUUACAUGGUCAGUGCUAAAGAGUGAGCUGUGAAAUAGAGGGGAGAGAAAGAGAGAGAAUGGAACAAAUUCCAUUGUUUAAUGAGAAAAUGAAAUUGGCUCAGAAAGCAGCCAUGGCUAAACGAUGGGAAGACUUCAAGAAAAUAAUGAAGGACGACCAGGAGAACUUGCUCAAGCAGUUUGAUCUGUUUGAGAACAGUGCCAUCCAUGUUGCAACUCGCUCUAACAGCCCACGACUCCUCAGAGAAUUGAUAGAGAUGUUACCAAAAGAAGAAAGGUGGCAAGCUUUGUGCAAGGAAAAUCGCGAAGGGAACACGGUUUUACACGAGGUUGUGUUUUGUAAGAAGAAGAAAAUGGCUGAUGUUGUGUUUGAGAUUGAAGAUGAGUUGUUAUUGCAACAACAAUCAUCAUCACUAGAGGAAAAGAGAACAUUGCUAGAUAUGAGAAACCACCGAGGUGAAACCCCUUUGUUCAUGGCUGCAAUGCAUGGAAAGCUGAAGAUGCUCAAGCAUAUGGCCAACCGUACAGGCACACGAAAUAUGGAAGAUUUUCGAAAACAUUUGCAUCGAUCUGACAAAUAUUCUGCUCUUCAUGCCAGUGUCAUGGGGCAACAUUUUGAUGUUGCAAUUUGGCUAGUAAGAAUGAAUAGAGAACUUGCUAUGGAAAAGGAUGAGAAGGAAUUAACUUGUCUUCAACUACUUGCCAAAAUGCCACAGGUUUUCCGAAGCCACACUCACAUGGGACUUGUGAAGAGCAUCAUAUAUCACUUAUUCCCUGAUAAUGGAUAUGAAAUUGAAGAUGAUGAAAACUUCCAAUUAUUCAAACACAAAAGCGACGUAGAAAAUGGUAAAUUGGAUGAAAGGAAACUCGCCAAAUCAGUUAUUUCAAGGACCAAUUACAAAUUUUGGAAACGCUUUGCAAAAGAGUUUGAAGGGAUUGAUCAUAUGUGGAAGGAAAAGAAAAUACAUAAGUUAGCUGAAUGUCUAACAAAUAUUUUAGUGCACUAUGACUUCUCGUGGCAGAUAUCCCACAAUGAGUAUAAAAGGACAACAAUGAUUUCAAUGCCACGUGAUCCUAUUAGUGUGGCCAAAAGGAGAAGGAUAAGUGCACAAAAAAGGGAAGAAAGGCGUAAGAACGAUGAAGAACCUCCCGAACGCACAGCAUUACUCAUAGCAACUAAAACUGGAAUUGUAGAAAUUGUUGAAAAAUUCCUUGAUGUGAAUCCCGAGGCUAUUUUCCAUGUCACUGAGAAUAACCAGAAUAUAUUGACCAUGGCUGUUAAGUAUCGCCAAAAGAAAAUUGUUCGAAUCAUACAGAGAAAAGGUGCAAUUGAAUCAUUGGUUGGUCAAAUCUCAGACAAAGGUCGUACUAUUUUGCAUGAAGUUGCAAGGAUGGAUUACUACAAAGGGGAACACUUAGCUGGAGUGGCAUUCCAACUACAAGAUGAGCUGCGUUGGUAUGAUAAAGUAAGAAGAUUGAUUCCUAAACACUACAACAUGCACUGUGACAUAGAUGGGCAUACACCCGAAGAUAUGUUAGAAAUGGAGCAUGAUGGAAUGCUUAAAGAGGCACAAAAAUGGUUAAAGGAAACAGCUCAAUCAUGCUCUACUGUUGCUAUUCUAGUUGCUACGGUUGUAUUUGCUGCAGCCUACACCAUUCCAGGUGGAACUGAAAAUGGCACUCCCGUAUUCCUUCAUUCUCAUGUGUUUCUCUUUUUCACUAUUAUGGAUGUCGUGGCACUUGCUACCUCACUAGCUUCAGUGGUGGUGUUCCUUUCCAUCCUCACUUCCCCAUGUGAGUUGUGGGAUUUUCACAAGUCUCUCCCACGAAAACUAAAUUUGGGAUUCGCUUUGUUGUUCUUGUCAUUGAUGACAACAAUGUUAGCAUUCAGUGCAACCAUGUUGCUGACCAUUCGCUUGGAAUGGAAGAAUUGGACCUCAACAUUGAUAUAUAGUGCUGCUUUCUUUCCCGUCACUAUAUUUGCAAUGAUUCAAUUCCCUGUUUAUGUGAUGACACGAAGCAUCGUCAAGCAUCUUUGGAAGCAAAUUAAGAAGGUCCUUCCAAUGAGAUUGGUUAAAUGUUUCACGAAUCUCAAUUGAUGCUAUAUAUUAGUGUUGAGUACGGAGGAACGCUUGAAGAGUUUUUUAAACUACUGUUUGGAUUUUGAUUAUAGAUUUGGAUCAUGUAAUAUGAUUUAAAUGGUUGAUAAUGUAUGAGCUUUUGAAAGUUAUAAUAUAAGAAUAUGCAGGUGGUGAAUAAAUAAGUUUAUGAAAUAAAAAUCCAUUA